GCCGCGCGGAACGGACGCUGGGCCCAAGAACGCAACACCUCGUGCUCCGUUUGAAUGUAAACCACACUCGAGACCACCUAAAUUCGUCGCGAGUCCAGUGCAUCGCGUUAUAUCGAUCGCGUGUACGUGUGAUUUCGGAGCGAUUCGGAUUGAUUCGGAUCGCGAACAUAUAAACAGGGAACCGAGAGAGGGGUGUAUCGAAGCGAAAGGAGACUACCACGAGAGUGGUUCGGAGUAAACGUCCUACGAUACGCGACGGGAAGGUCGUAUUGAGCGUGUGUAUUCGCAAGCUUGUCGUUUCAGCGCAUCUUAUAAUGCUUUUUUCUCGUCGCGCGUGACGUCGCGUUUAUGGUUCGUGAUUCGUGAUUCGUGAUUCGCCGUCCUCGUAUAGGUUAUAGUGUGUCGGGCGUGUGACAGUUUUUGCGGGAGGACCGCGACUGGUGCUGUUUUGCCACGAAUACACAGCAGUGGUGGAAGUAAGAAGUAGCAAGUUGGCGACGAAGAAGGAAGAGACUCGGCUCGUUCGUUGGACCGACUCGUUCUACAUGGUCGUUAACGUGCGUGCGCAACGACGUUCGACGAUUUCUCAAAUUCGAAAGACAGAAGUGGAGGAAGACGACGACGAGGAAAUCGGCGUAUGGAAUAUGUGUCGAGGAAGAUGAGAAAACAAGGAGGAACGACGAGAUUAUUGCUGGCAUAAAGAAUCAAUCCACGUAGCAAAUCGUGAUCACGAAGGGUCAAUUUUUGGUGGAAAUUCGACAGAAGCUCAACGUAGAGAGAGAGAGAGAGAGAGAGAGAGAGAGAGAGGGAGAGAGAGAGAGAGGAAGAGAGAAAGAGAGAGAGACAUGAAGGGCGUUCCAGACGCGAAACGAUCGCGCCGGGUUCGCGACCGGUCGUGUUGAUCGUCGAGUUAUCGGACGUGGAUCUAACGCGAGGAAUGUACGAUAUCUCGAGGCGAAGAUAUUCCAGCAAAGGUGAGGACAGCGCGGAUACCACAGCCUGCUACAGACAGAGGUAGAGAAAGGAAGAGAAGCGAUAGGAAGGAGGAAAGAGGACGAAGAAUAAAGGUGGAACGGGGUCGGAUAAAUUCGUAUCUACCGAAGGAAUUUCCACGAGGAGGUAUCGCGCGAGUCGUUGCAAGCGGCAUGUUUAUAAUCUAGCGCAGUCACCUUCGAAACGUUUGGCUUCGCUGGCAACGAUCGGGCAGGUUGUAUCGGUUCUGUGGGAUAUAGGCGCGAACGCACAGUCGAACGUAAUUCCUAGGAGUGCAAGUGUUUACGAGAGAAACGACCAGGCUAAACGUGAUUGUGGUUGGUGGUGGUGCUGCUAGUGGGUGAUUAAUGUGCCGGUUGAUCGCGUACUCGUGCUUUCUUCCGCCGGUUUUUUAACAUCCCACCGUACGAGACGCGUGCGGACUGUCGACAAGAAACAGAGAAAGAGAGAGAUUUCCUGGCCGUAUGAAGAACAUUUGGAGGUAUCGAUCGGUGCCGCGUCCUCUCACGAUCCAUCAUUUAGGAAUGGAAAGAUCGAGAUAAUAGCCAAGGACGGCGGAGGCGAAGGUGGAGGCGGCGGUGGUGGCGGUUGUGGAGGCCCCAGGAUGCGGCACCUGCUACUACUGUUCCUCGUCCUGGGAGCGACUGUUCUCGCCCCGGGCACACGGUCCGAACUCGUAAGGUACUUGGAGGUUUCGGAGAACGCUCGACCAGGUACCAGGGUGGGUUUCAUCGAUGCCGACAGUCCACCGUACUUGAUCGUGUCGGUUUCCGGAUCCGCGGUCGAUUCGGACUUGAUAGUGGAUCACGCGACGGGCGAGAUAAGGACAAAAGUGCCGUUGGAUCGCGAAUCCAGACCGUCCUACAGCUUGGUCGCCCUGCCGCAAAACAUUCAAGUGGUGGUGAAGGUCCUCGACGAGAACGACAAUGCGCCGACCUUUCCCGUCGAUCACGUGGACGUCGAGUUUCCGGAGAAUUCGCCUCGCGACGCGAAACGCGCCCUGCCGCCUGCCAAGGAUCCCGAUCUCGGCCAAUACUCGACGCAACGCUACGAGAUCGUCUCCGGAAAUCACGCAGAUGCGUUCAGGCUGUCCCAGCAUCGAGGUCGCGAUGGCGUUCUCUACUUGGAUCUGCAAAACUCCGGGUCGUUGGAUCGCGAGGCUCGCUCUCGGUAUCAUCUGGUAAUAGAGGCGUUGGACGGUGGCGCUCCGCCGCUUCGCUCGAGGCUACACGUGAACGUGACGGUACAGGACGUAAAUGACAAUCCGCCGAUUUUCAAUCAGACGAGGUACGUCGCCAGCAUUGCGGAGAAUGCGACCGUCGGAACGCCGGUGCUCGCGGUGAACGCGACAGACAGCGACGCUGGUGACAACGGCCGCAUAGAGUAUUCGAUUAAUCGGCGACAAUCGGAUCGCGAGGAGAUGUUUCGUAUCGACCCAGAGACCGGUAUGGUUUACGUGAACAAGGCGUUAGAUUUCGAAUCGAAGGAGCGGCACGAGCUAGUGAUCGUUGCGCGCGAUCGUGGCGCCCAGCCUCUCGAGGCGAGCGCGUUUCUCUCGGUUCGCGUAACCGACGUGAACGACAAUCAACCUGCUAUUACUGUGAUCUUCCUGUCGGAUGAUGCGACACCGAAAAUCAGCGAGAGCGCCCAGCCGGGUGAAUUCGUCGCUAGGAUAUCGGUCAGCGAUCCGGACUCGAGGACCGAAUACUCGAACGCUACCGUCACGUUGACCGGCGGCGAGGGACACUUUGGCCUGGCUACCAGAGACAACAUUAUAUACCUGGUGGUGGUCGAGAGGCCGCUCGACCGUGAGGAAAAGCCCGUUUACGAUCUCUCUGUGGAGGCGACCGAUGCGGGAACACCUCCGUUGCGAGCCGUUCGAACUUUUCGUCUUCUCGUCACGGACGUGAACGACAACGCUCCGAAAUUCGGUCGGGAAAGGUACGAGGCCCAUCUGUUGGAGGCCUCGGAACCGGGUACUCCGGUUUUGAAGGUAACGGCCACGGAUCUCGACGAAGGUGCCAACUCCGCCAUCAAGUAUUCUCUUCUCAAUUCUACGUGGUUCGUUAUCGACGAAACGUCCGGUUUGAUAUCAACGCGGACUCACGUUGACUGCGAAGCCGAUCCUGCGCCGAUUUUAGUAGUGAUCGCCACCGACUCGGGUCGUCCGCCGUUAAGUAGCAGCGCGACAGUGCGUGUUACCGUCCAUGACCUCAACGACAACGAGCCCAUCUUCGAGAAGCCGCUGUAUAACGCGACCGUAUCGGAGGAUAUGCCCGUUGGCUCCUGCUUUCUCAAGGUACAAGCUACGGAUCCGGAUUGCGGCGUGAACGCCAUGGUAAAUUACACGUUAGCCGCGGGAAGAAUGGAAAGCGAACAGUUGAUGGUACGCAGCGAUACCGGAGACAUUUGCGUCAGAACACCGUUGGACAGGGAAACAGCUCCCUAUCUGGAGAUUCCCGUCAUCGCUACGGACAGAGGGGGUCUCAGUACCGUAGCUAUCGUGAGGGUGCAAGUAACGGACGUUAACGACAACCGUCCGAUCUUCGAACCCAGAAAGUACAACGUCACCCUGAAGAGCGACGGUCCGAUUCAGGGACCGAUUUUGAGGCUGGUAGCUACGGACUUGGACGUAGGUCUUUUCGGUCAAGUAGCAUAUCGGAUCACCAACGGAAACGAAGCUGGUGUUUUCCACAUCGAUCGAAAUACCGGCGAACUUCAAGUCGCGAGACCGAGUUUACUCUCGAGGUCACCGUUGCAUCAGUUGAACGUGACGGCGACAGACGCUGCUGGCCUGAAGAGCACGUUCGACGCCGAAGUCCGGAUCACCACAUCCUCCCCCGGGCAUAGAAUCGCCAGCUGCGAGAAGCCACGCUACACCAUCACCGUUAAGGAGACCGUUCCUCAGAACAGCAUCGUUGGUGGCGUGAAAGACGGAGCUUCGUCCCCUGUGUCGUCAGGUGAACGGCCAACCAGAUUUUAUUUGGUGAAGGAAGAACCGGAUCUAAUGAUGGAUUCCAACACGGGCAUGAUUCGGAUUCGCCUUCCACUGGACCGAGAAACUCGGGACAAGUACAUUCUCAGCGUAGAGGCGCGCAAUGGAAUUUCCGCAGGCUACUGUCAGGUGGAAUUGAACGUGGAGGAUGUGAACGACAACGCUCCGACGUUCCCGACGAGCAGCGUCCGCAUUUCCGUUCCGGAAUCGCAUCCCCUUCACUCGGCGCUUUACGUAGCACACGCCACCGAUCCCGACAUCGUUCCGUCUCACCCUAUACGCUACGUCCUUGGCCAGAAUAGCAACGACCUCUUUGGAAUAGACGGCCGCUCGGGAGAACUCUAUUUAGCAAGGAGAUUGGACUACGAGACACAGCAAAGGCACGGUCUUCUGAUAAGAGCGUUGGAUGGUGCUGGUCUCUCCGCGAAUCUCAGCCUGAGCGUCGAGGUACAGGACGUGAAUGACAACCCCCCAGUGUUCGAGAGGAACGAGUAUCAUGUGGAGGUUCCCGAAGGCGCCAAGCUCGAUUCUCAAAUUCUUCAAGUGACCGCGGUGGACCUUGAUACGGGCAAUAAUGCGAGGCUGAGUUACCGUCUUCAAGGAUCAACGGCCUUCCGGAUCAGUCCGAACACCGGUUGGAUUUACCUCGCGCAGAUUCUCGAUCGCGAGACCCUGGAUCGGCACGCGCUGACGGUUCUCGCGACCGACAACGGUUCUCCGGCCGCGACCGCGAGCGCUUCCGUGCUGGUCACGGUGCUCGACGACAACGACAACGAUCCUCGAUUCGAGAAGGAUUUUUACGGAUUCGACCUGUUGGAGAAUCUACCCUCGGGUACGCUGGUCGGGUCCGUGAGUGCCUCUGAUCCCGAUCUUGGGAAAAACGCCCUGCUCAGAUACGCGGUGGUCCAGGCCAACAGCAGUUUCACCGUCGAUCCUGAUACAGGCGAGAUCACGACUAAAGAACCGCUGGAUCGGGAAACGAAGGGAGUGCACGAGCUGGUCCUCGAGGCACGAGAUCAAGGAACACCGUCCAGAGCGGCCAGGGUGCCAUUGAAGGUUACCGUACUGGACGUGAACGACAACUCGCCCGAAAUCGUGGAUCCUCAAGGGGACGUAGUGAGCGUCAGGGAGGAACAACCACCGGGAACGGAAGUAGCGAGGGUUAGAGCGUUGGACACGGAUCUCGGCGAAAAUGCGUCCGUAACCUACACGAUUUUGAAAGACCGAGACUCGGAUGGUUACAACGUUUUCACCAUUGAUCCGAUCACCGGCAUGAUCAGAACGAAGGCGGUUCUCGAUCACGAAGAACGAAACGUAUACCGGGUGUCCGUAAAGGCGACGGAUGCAGGACGACCACCGCGGCAUGGUAUACGCGCGUUAAGAGUCGAGGUUUUAGCGCUGGCGGAUAACCGGCCGACCUUCACCAGCAGCAGUCUUGCCUUUAACGUACGCGAGGACGCCAGUAUCGGACAAGCGGUGGGAUCGGUGUCGGGAGCGGGUCCAGCAGGUCGCGUGGCCUUCACCUUGGAUUCCCUGACACCCAUCAGCGAGUUUCCAGCAUUCGAUGUGGAUCGUAGCUCCGGUCAGCUGGUGGUCGCUCAUUCUCUCGACCGCGAAAACGUUAGUGAAUACCACCUAGAGAUUCGCGCAUUGGACACCACGUCGAUCGGCAACCCUCAGAGCAUCGCCGUCUCGGUGAAGAUCGUGAUCGAAGAUGCAAACGACAAUCCACCCCGAUGGCCGCAGGAUCCGAUAACCGUUCGAGUCUCGGAGAAGGCGGUGAUCGGUUCUACCAUCUACAAUUUGACGGCCAUCGAUUUGGACAGCGGUUUGAACGGCGAUCUUAGAUACAGUCUGGUGGCCGAAUUUCCAUCGAGAGGCAGCUUUGCGGUCGAUUCGCUGACCGGCGCUCUAACCUUGGCCAGGCCUCUCGACAGGGAGGAAAGAGCCGAGUACAUGCUGAUCCUGAAGGCGUCCGAUCGCGCUCCUCCCGGCGAGCAACUAGCCUCGACCGUGACCGCGAGGAUCAUCGUGCUCGACCAGAACGACAACGACCCGGUUUUCGUUGCCCCGGAAUCGACCAAAGUCGCGGUCACGCCGGACCUCUUACCAGGGGCGAUGCUCGUGAGAGUGGUCGCCGUGGAUAAAGACGCAGGUGACAAUGGCCGUGUAUCGUAUGUGAUUACAUCGGCGAACGAGGAGGCGAGAUUCUCGGUGGGUUACGAAUCUGGUAUAGUGAGCCUGGAGAGGCCGAUGGUAAGGUCGACGGAGCUGGAGAUUACGGCGAACGAUCACGGUUCCCCACCGCGCAAGUCCACUCUCAGGCUGAUUCUGACGUUGGCUUCUGGACAGACCAACGGACCUCCUCGGCUACUGCUCGCCAACCCCGUAGCUAGAAUUUCAGAAGACCUCCAGGUCGGAGCACCGGUUCUAAACGUCGCCGGUCCUAUCAUCGCCGAUCAGGGUAAUGUCAGCUUCAGUAUUCCAAGCAACCUGGCUGCGGACAAAUUCUCCGUCACACCGAACGGUCUAGUGACCCUGCGUGGACCUCUGAAUCGCGAGGAAGUCUCCCACUACUCCGUUCCAAUUUUAGCGAGGUCCAGCAAGCUGUUGGAUAUUAGCACGCUCGAAGUUUUAGUCAUGGAUGAAAACGACAACAGCCCCGAAUUCCGACCAGGUUCCUGUUACACGCUCGCCGUACCCGAGAAUCAAGGGACUUCCGUGAUUCACACGAUCGCGGCGGCUGAUCUCGACGAGGGAAAAAAUGGGGAAAUUUAUUACAGCAUCGUAGGUGGUAACAUUGGCGCAAAGUUCAUCUUGGACUCCAUAACCGGAAUGUUGUCGAUGUCGAAUCUAGAUCGGGAAGCGGUAUCCAAGUACAUCCUGACGAUUUCAGCCAAGGACAAGGGUCGACCCAGCUUGGAGGCACGAUGUAACUUGACCGUAAUCGUUCUGGACGUGAACGACAACGCUCCAUCAUUCGUUCAGAAUCAGUAUACCGAAUCGAGACCACGAGGGCCUGUUCCAAGCUCCGAGUAUCCGGGAUUCGCUUUGUCCAACGGCUUCUCGUACGGGUCUUCCAAUUACCCGACAAACUAUUAUCCUAGCAAGUACGUGGCAACUAUUUCCGAGGAUGUGGCACCAGAUUCUAGCGUCAUGUCCGUGAGAGCGACAGAUCCGGAUCAAGGAGUGAAUGGAAAAAUCACCUACGCCAUCGGCGAAGAAACAAGCUGGCUAUUCAGAGUUGACAACCUAACGGGCGUCAUUACAACUGCUGGCCCCUUGGAUCGCGAACGCCAAAGUUCCUACAACUUCGUGGUGGUAGCUACGGACAGCGGCAAGUACGACGCCAGGAGUACCACGAUUCCGGUCGAGAUUCGAGUGAGCGACGUCAACGAUAACGCCCCUGUUUUCGACGAGUAUCCCUUUCGUGCCCGCGUGUCGAUCGGCACUCAGCCAGAGAAGAACAUUCUGCGAGUAGUGGCGACCGACGCCGACGACGGUCCCAAUGGAGAAGUGGUCUACUCCUUUCUGCACGAGCAAGAGAAGCCUAAAUUCAGGAUACACCCAAGCACAGGCGCCGUUACUGCGGCGUUAUCCCUGUCGCAGGAUAACGGCAAGACGUAUCACUUGGAGGUGCUGGCCAGGGACAAGGGAAAUCCACCGAAAAGCACUCGAGGAUUGAUCGAACUGCAAGUCGGAGAUCUCGCCGACUUGACGCCAGUGUUGAAAUUUCAAAACGAGUCGUACGAAGUUGUUAUUCAGGAAAAUUCUGCGGCUGGCACCGAAGUGAUCCAAGUCUCGGCCGUUCGAUCGGAUGGUAGAAGGCAACACGUUUCUUACUCCCUUGGAUCGGGCAACGACUUUGGCACGUUCACCAUCGACGAGGAUACCGGGUUGUUACGCGUGAAUAAUCCCUCUAGGUUGGACGCGGAAUUGUGGACCGAUAUGAGGGUGAAACCGGUGGAAGAACAAACCGAUGACAGUCGAACGAAUUCAUGGGGUAGAUCUCUGGAAGGACAGCAAUCCAAGGAGAAACCUAGAGAAAGUUCGCAGCAUGUGCUCGCUGUAGCUGCUAGAACCAGCGGUCCCGAUCCCUUGGAAGCAUACGUGAAGGUUGUAGUCAAGGUGUCCGACGUCAACGACAAUCCACCGAUUUUCACUCAAACACAGUACUCGGCAACGGUCCUAGAAGGCAACGUCAAAGGGGACUUUGUCGUCAAGCUUUCGGCCAGCGAUGCGGACCAAGGGAUGAACAGCAGAAUCUUGUAUCACAUCGUUGACGGUAAUCCGGACAAUGCAUUCACCAUCAGUCCGCCGUACAGUGGCAUAGUUCGAACCAAUAUCGUUCUCGAUCGUGAAAUACGAGAGAAAUAUAGACUAACGAUAAUCGCGACGGACCAAGGAAAUCCUCAGUUGACCGGAACGGCUGCUCUCAGCGUCCGCGUGAUCGAUAUCAACGACAAUCAACCGACUUUUCCAGAGCACAGUAUCAUCUCCGUUUCCGAAGGUACCACUGUCGGCACCGUCUUAACCACCAUCACGGCGAACGACGUGGACAGCUCCCCGGCUCUGACCUAUCGAUUUGGUAACGUGACCAGUCCAGGUCCUUUCAGUAUCGAUAGAUACGGAGGCAAAGUCGUUCUCCGAAGACGUUUGGAUGCCGAAACACGGUCGGAAUACAGCUUGCAAGUUAUCGCCAGCGACGGUGUUCACGAGGCGACCACGGACUUGAUAGUUCGUGUCACGGAUCUCAACGACAACGCUCCACGGUUCCAGCAAUCCGCUUACAUCGCCACGCUGCCUGAAGGACGAGGGGACUUGCAAGAAAUUCUGACGGUAAACGCGACCGACGACGAUCUUACGGAGGACAACAGUCGAGUACGAUAUUAUCUGCUGAAAGCUACCAAAGGUUUCUCAGUGCAUCCUGCAACCGGCGUUCUGACUGUUAAUCGUACCGCGAUACCAAGACCUUUGCCCAAAGAGGUGGAGUUGGCCAUCGUAGCGGAAGAUUACGGCAAGCCACCGGCCUCGUCCAUAUGUUCCGUCGUCGUGCGAUUGAGCAGCUUGAAGAGCAGCUUGCCCGGCAAAGAGUACAAGGUCACUGCGAAAGAAAAUACGUUGAAGGGCACCACUUUGAUGAGAUUGUCCGACGUGGACCUUUUGGACGGCGCCAUCGUGGCCGGCGAUGACAGCGGAACGUUCGAAAUAUCCAGAGGCAAAUUGAUUCUCUCCAGAACGCUCGACAGAGAAACGAAAGACAAAUACGUUUUACGACUAGGCUCCAAGAACGAAAACAUGACAACCGGGUCGCUGGUAGGAGACGAACCUGUUACGGUAAUCAUUACGGUGGAAGACGUGAACGAUAAUUACCCUCGUUUCUUGGAGGAUCUUCAUCAAGUAUCGAUCAAAGAGAAUGCAGCACGCGGUACCACGGUGGCCAUGUUGCGCGCCAAGGACGACGAUCUGGCUGGCAGCGUGGCUGCGAAUUUAGUGUACGAAAUUACUUCCGGUAACGACGGUGGCCUGUUUCGCGUGGACAAAACCACCGGCGCUGUUCAAGUAAACGCAACCUUGGACUGCGAUCUCGAACCAGACAUUCACAAUCUAGUGGUCAUGGCGUGCGACAGCGAUCCAGUUUCUCCUCUGUGCGCUUUGACGAGGCUUCGUAUUCAGCUGGAAGACGUGAACGACAAUUCACCCAAGUUCCCAGUCUCUGAAUAUUUGGAAUUCGUCGGAGAGAACGAACCGAUCGGGACGAUCGUGUUUUCCGCGCGAGCGUCGGACUUGGAUCGCGGUAUAUUUGGAUCUUUGAACUACUCCAUCGUAUCUGCCGCGGCAAGCGGAUUUUCCGAUAUCGACGAUAGCUGGAAAUUGUUCACUGUGGAUGGAAAAUCCGGCACGGUGACGACGCGCGCUGUCUUCGAUUAUGAGCUGCGAAACAGAUACGCGUUCACUCUACGAGCAACCGAUACAGGUGGCCGAACGGCAGCUGUCAGAGUCCGAGUGGAAAUCGAAUCCAGGGAUGAAUUUUACCCGCAAUUCACAGAAAGAAUGUACAGAUUCGGUAUUAGAAACGGAGCUCAGGUGAUCCCUGGAACGGUGAUCGGUCAUGUAACAGCAACAGAUCGAGACAAAGGUCCCGACGGACGAGUCGUUUAUCAACUGACCUCGCAACACCCUUAUUUCAAACUGAAUCGCACCACAGGCGCGUUGAUCGUGAAACAGAAGCUGGUGCACAUCGAUAUGGACGUGGAGGAAUCGUCGAGGUUAGUGGUCAGUGCCAGUUCCGGUAGACAGGGCUCUUUGUCGAACAUGACGGUGGUAGAAAUCACUUUGACGGAUGAUAGUGACGUGAACGAAGCUAGAGGCGCGACAGCUUUGGCUACCCCGAACGAUGUUGGGUCUAACAUGGCAGUCGCAGCGACCGGGGGUCUAGCCGAUUGGGCGUUAGGCUUAUUAAUCGCUUUGCUUCUGUUGGUCAUCGCCUUUGGUGCUAUUUUCCUCUAUCUUCAUCUUCGAAAUCGAAGGCAUAAGAAACCGGGGACGAAACCGAGUUUAAACGGGGAGAGCAAUGCCACCGCGUCCAAUAGCUACGUGGAUCCGAGCGCCUUCGAUACUAUACCGAUUAGAAGCGUUGCCGGGGUGGGUGCAGGAGGAAACGGAGGCUCUGGGAACGGCAAUGGUGGAAGCGGCGCUGCUUCCUGUCAAUUCGCACCCCCCAAGUACGACGAGAUACCACCGUAUGGUACCUCUGGUCAAUCCGGGCAGCAACAGGCGACUUCGGAAUUGUCCGGCAGCGAUCAGUCCGGCUCGUCUGGCAGGGGUUCGGCCGAGGACGACGGAGAAGACGAAGAGAUUCGAAUGAUCAACGAAGGCCAACAGACUGGAGACUCGGCUAGUGAUCUCUCGGUUCACAAUACUCAGGAAUAUUUAGCCAGGUUAGGCAUCGUCGACCCUCCGGCUGGUACUCCGAGAAGACCGCCUGAAGCGUUGCCUCUCGAUAGCUUACACUUGUUCGAGGACGAGGCCGCCACCGAAGCGGAUAUCGCCACCUUGAUUUAUGGGAAAAUCGGGGAACCUGGAAGACCGAUGUCGGGUUUAGAAGUUCCUGGAGGUCCAUCGAUGAACGGAUCCCUAAGUUCCAUCGUUCAUAGCGAGGAGGAACUGACUGGAUCGUACAAUUGGGACUAUCUGCUGGAUUGGGGUCCUCAUUAUCAACCACUUGCUCACGUGUUCAGCGAAAUCGCCAGGCUGAAAGACGACGCAGCUAGCGUUCAAAGCGGAAAUUCAGGAAGCAGCGGCAAGACCAAGUCUGUACAUAAAGCCCCGCCCCCGCCAUUGCUCACUUCCGUUGCUCCUAGGUCGUUGGCGGCUCCCGCAUUAGCCAGGGGCAUUCUUCCAAGAUCUCCGAUCAGCCACGAUGCUUCCACUUUCCCAUCGGCGGCCCUUAGCCCGAGUUUUUCUCCGUCCUUAUCUCCUCUCGCCACCAGAAGUCCUAGUAUCAGUCCUUUGGUGCCACCUGCCACUCAAAGGUCCGGUCAAAGUGCCAAUAGAGGUAUUCCAGUUACCGACGCUGAAUUAAGGAUCUAACGGUAUAUCGAAAUUAUAGUCGCGUUGCGUCAGAUAUUAGUAUUAGUCCCGUUAUAUCUUGGAUCCGGUAUCGCGUAUAUUCGAUAGCGUCGAUUCGAAAGUUGCGAGCUAUAUUUUAGAGAAUGUUUUAAUCGGAGUUUAUCGCGUUGAAAGCGUCGUUGGCGUAUACCCGAUUUCGUGUGAUUGCAGUAUGAGCGCAGUGUGUGUAAAAUAGAGACUUUAAGUUGACUGACCUUCGACGAGAUUCUCGAAGGUGCCAAAGUGCAUAUUUCUUUAUUUCCGCCGUGAUAGAUACGAACGCCUCUUUUACGCGUCUAGUUGUAGAAUCGAAACGAACGUUUGUAGAUAAUCCCGUAUUCUCGUACUCGCGCAACGAUCCUAACGUAUAGAACGUAUGACCUGCGGAAAAGAGGCGAUUGCGCGAUAUUUUUGUAAGCACAGAUGUACGACUGUUACUUGCCGUUUCGAUCGUCGGUCGAUCGAUAGUUAAAAUAAUACUCGUUUGUUUGUACAUAGAGGAGUCCGAAAUGGGCCGCGUAAUCGUUAACUAAUCGUGUAAAUAAUACUCAUACGAAAAAACAAGAAGAAAUUGACCGUUACGCCUUAUAAUCAAAAGAUAGACUCGAUAGCCCCGAUAGUCUCGAUUCGAAGUCCGUGUCUUCGUGCCAUGCCCGUUGAAACGCGCGGCUGUACAGUCACCUUAAUUUCGUUAGAGACCGAGACGAAUCGGUCGAUCGUUCGAACGAACGUUUCCUCGAGCAUGGCGAUAUCAACGGAUUGAAAAUGCGUCGACACGAGCGAACUGAUCGAUCCGAUAUUCGUGCUCGCGCAACUCCGGAGAUACCCUUUCAUGCUCCGUUUCAUUUCUACUUUGUGCUGGUCUUCCAAUUGGAAUUUAGAUGUAACGGAAGACGACAACGUUUUUCUCAGCCAGGUAUAUAUAUACAUAAAAAUAUUAGGAAAUAGGUAUGUCAUAUUUUGUAUAAAAAAAGACAACUCUUUGUACAAAGACUCUUCUGUGAGCCGAGAAUUCACUUGACGGUGAAUUUUAAAUAAAUGAAUUUUUUAGGAA